AGGUAAGUUUCAUGAGGUGUCUUGGGUGCUAUUGGGGCUUGUCAUUCCGUCCAUUGAUAUUUUUGUGUGUGGUUUUGUUUAGUUGUUAUUUCAGUGAAUAAAUCAUUCAUUUUCUUGUAUUUUCCACCGAAAAAUGGCUCAGUCUACCACAUCGGAGAAAAAUGAAUAUCCCAGGGCAUCAAACACCCUCGUCCUGGGAGCUCUUCUAUCCUACGUGGCCAGUGUCUUUUUGAUGAUGUCAUUCUGUUCUCCCUAUUGGAUUGAGUCCUACGAGGAAUCCUUCAGUAACUUCAAAAACAUGGGUCUCUGGGAAUACUGUUUCCGGGACUUUAGUUACCCAUACUAUCAGUUCCCACGUCUCUUUGAUGGGUGUCAUCAUAUCUUCAGCCAGGAAUAUUAUGUUAUCCGUGAAUGGCUGUUGCCAGGAUGGCUGAUGGUGGUCCAAUUUUUUGUGACAAUUGCCUUCCUUCUGACCUUCGGAGCACUAUUCCUUAUGGCUCUGGAACUCGUACGUUGGCCCCUGAAGUUCGUCCUACGCUAUGAGUGGCUCUUAACCAGGAUCUCCUUCUUUUGCAUUGCCAUCUCUUCCGUAUGCCUCUUCCUGGCCACUGCAAUUUUCGGUGGCAAUGCCUAUCGUCGAGACUGGCUCCUAUAUCCCAAAUUCAAUGUCCUAUCCUGGUCCUAUGCCCUUGCCGUCGUUGCCUUUAUGAUCCUGGGAGUUGCUGCUCUUGUCCUUUUCGGCGAAUCCAGACGAUCCUACGAAUUGAGACGCGAAGCAAAGAAUCUCGUGAUGCAGAUGCAAAUGCAAGAACCUGGAUUCCAUCCUCAUCACCAUCGAAGUCUUCAGGGAUACAUUUAGAAGCCACAAGAACCACCACUUUCACUUCCACUAAAUACCACUCUAUCCUUCCUCUAUUUUCUCUUCACAACCGCAGCUGAAGUCUCAAUUUCUCAAACUGAAGCUUGAGACUUCAAUGUGAACUAAAAUUCUUAUGAAUCUCAACACGUGCAGUGUAAUUAAUUAUCAUCUUUUAUAAUUGUAUACUCGAUGAAAUGUUAUGAUUUUAGCCUUCUAAAAGAUAUAAAUUUACUGUACUGGAAACUUAAAGUUUCCAAUAAAAAGUGCAUUUCCCUAAAGAAAAAGACUUCUUGGGAGUUUUCUAUACACACUUCCGUCCAAACAAAAUUCACAAAAAGAAUUCUGUGAAUUUCACUUCAUGUAUUAUCGUUUUUUUAUAAAAAAAAUAAAUAAAGAAUUGUAUCUAGUAUUAGAAUUGCGAGUAACAUUUUUUUGUAAGAAUACAAGAAACGAAUAAAUAAAAUGUAUGUCUACAACA